AUGAGCUCGGAACAAAAUCUCAGUCUCCUGUUGCUGCCGUGUCCACCCCGGCCGCCGUCCCGCGCGUCGCUCAGCGCAGCCUAUCGGCCCUCAUUUCUUGCCGUUCUUUCAAAGAUCAGGAAUUCCACGCGAGCAUCUGUGCUGAUAGUUGCCGUUGCCUGUCCUGUUCUGCGCGGCGCGUCACCAAAGACGAAAUCGCUUUCAUGGGCUGCGGCACAGUCUCUCGUUGCCGGCAUCUACAGUCUCAUCGCGGUCGUAUGCGCCGAGCAAGGUAUUGCCACUGAUGUGGACGGAGGCCCCGGCUCAGUCGACUCACGGGUGGUUCUUGUCGAUCACGAUGCGAACAGAAGAGUCGCGCCUGAUUUCGUUGCAGCCAUCGAGCCGAACAAUACCACCGUCGUCGACCUCCCCACAUUCGCGUGUGCCUACCACCCUUGGAACUACAUCUUCCACGUCAACAGCGAGCAGGGCUACCGGACUCUUUCGACAUACUUGAAGUUUGCGGAGGGGAAGCAAACCAUUCUCCAGUCGCAGCUGGUUGUCGUCGAAGCAGGUCUGAGCAUGAACGUGGAAGGCACAGGAAACGACGACGUGGAAGCAUCCCCUUUGUAUCCUGUCGUCUGCCUAGGAGGCACGUUCGACCAUCUCCACCCAGGUCACAAGUUGCUCAUCAUGGCGGGAGUUCUCUUGCUAAGGGUACCGGAGAAGGACUCGGGUUCGAGCUGUCGUAUGGUGCUGGGCAUCACAGGGGACGAAAUGUUGAAGAACAAGAAAUACGGCGAGUUCGUGCAGUCCUGGGACGACAGGGCACGGUGCAUCCUCGACUUCAUGGGAUCUCUUCUCGAGCUGGACAAGAGCGGAUGGAAGAAGAAGUCGGGACCAGUUCCAACGGUGGUAACGAAGCCGGGCCAUGUGGAGGCCAAAUUCCGGAACGGCACUAUCACGGUCGAGUGCGUCGAGUUCCAGGACGUGUACGGCCCUACGAUCUCGAUGCCGGAAAUCGAAGCACUCGUGUAUUCGGGGGAGACCCGGUCAGGCGGAAAGGCAGUCAACGACGAGCGGGUCAGGCUCGGGAUGAAGCCACUGGAGACGUACGAGGUAGACGUCCUUGAUGCCCGGGAUCUCGGCGACGAAACUGCGACGAAAGAAGACUUUACGAACAAAAUCAGCAGUACGGCCAUUCGGCAACAGAAGGCAGAGGCCGCGGCGGCGACGGCUGCAGCAGCCAAGUCGAGUCUGUGA